GGGUUUGUUUCUUCAGCUUUUUGUUUAGAAUGACAUUGCUGUCAAGCCUUUACAUCCAGCUGCCCCCAAAACAACACGCUGCCAUGAUCUCUCAUUGGUUUUAUACACGUGUGCUUGUAUUGGGUCUUCAAUUGAGGUAAUGAUUUGUUCAGCAGCUUGCAAAUGCACGGAGUCCAGUUCAAUGGCCCGAUUGAUACGGCAGCAUCCUAAAGCACAGCUAUCCAUCGCGGAGGUUUGAGCAGAGCAGAGCCAGAGCAGAGAGGCAGCGAGGUGCAGGGAGAUACAGCGAUAGACAAGAACACACCAGAGAUUAUACUUGAUGCCCCUCUCGGCGAGAUGGUUGAGUCCACAUCAAGGUUGCUGCCGCUGCUGUGCUAUCCUCAAAUCCACUGUUCACUUUUAGCUUCGUUCUCAGCGUCUGGCAUAGCACUACGGAUUGCUGUCUCUGGCUGAAAAGGAAUACUUCCCAACCUAAAUACGUGUUUAGUUGUAAAUAUGAAAACUGUGCAUAGAGACGGAUACUACGCGGGAUCUAUCGAACUAUCUGACAUGAUCAAUAGAAGAAGCGUUAAAUGCUGCCGGACGGAUUUAGUUCAAUCUAGAACCAUGAGGAUUAGAACUGGAAUUAUAUUCUGGAAUCUCAUAUUUUCAAUGAUGUUCUCUUGUGUGAAAGGGUUCAUAAAUACGUGUGGAGGGACGUUAAAAGGCCAGAACGGAACCAUAGAAAGCCCGGGUUUCCCGUACGGAUAUCCCAACGGUGCCAACUGUACCUGGGUCAUCGUAGCGGAACAAAUGAACAGGAUUCACAUCGUUUUUCAAUCUUUCGCCGUGGAAGAGGAGUACGAUUUUUUAUCUUUGUAUGAUGGACACCCACAUCCGGCACACUUCAGGACGAGGUUAACAGGAUUUCAGAUCCCGCCUCCCGUCACCAGCACAGGGUCCAUAUUUUCACUACGGCUUACCAGUGACUUUGCAGUAAGCGCUCACGGAUUUAAGAUGGCUUAUGAAGAGUUAAGGAGCAGCGCCUGUGGGAACCCUGGUGUUCCACCUAAAGGCAUCCUAAACGGAACACGGUUCAACAUCGGGAACACGAUCCACUACAGGUGUGUGACGGGCUACGUGUUGGACGGUCACUCCCUCCUUACCUGUGUCCUCAACACAGGCAAUAUGGCCGUCUGGGACUUCCCUGUCCCCAUCUGCAGAGCUGAGAACACGUGUGGCGGUACGUUGAGAGGGUCCAGUGGGAUCAUCUCCAGCCCUGAAUUCCUCAGUGACCCGUCCAACGCUGGGGAAUGUAAGUGGACGGUGCUGGCUGACCCCGGAGACACCAUCUCACUGGUGUUCACUGACUUCCAGAUAGAGGACAAGCACGGCUCUCUGGAGAUAGAAGGAUCAGAGCCGCCCAGUAUCUGGUUAUCUGGUGUGAAUAUACCAGCACCCGUCAUCAGCAACAAGAACUGGCUAAGACUCCAUUUUGUGACCGACAGGGAUCAUCCCCAUAAAGGAUUUACACUUCAGUAUCAAGUGAAAAGCUCUGGUGAGCUGAAAUCCAGAGGAGUCAAGUUACUACCGGGAAAGGACAACAAUAACAAAUUGUCUUUGAUGAACGAAGGAGGAAUUAAACAGCUGUCCAAUUAUUGCCCGGAUCCGGGGGAACCUGAGAAUGGCAAACGCCGAGGCUCUGACUUCAGCAUUGGAGCGACGGCUCAGUUUACCUGUGAUGAGGACCAUGUGCUGCAGGGCUCCAAAACCAUCACCUGUCAGAGGGUGGCUGAGGUGUUCGCUGCCUGGAGCGACCACAGACCUGUCUGUAAAGUGAAAACGUGCGGAUCGACACUUCAGGGUCCAUCGGGGACGUUCACCUCUCCCAAUUUCCCCAUCCAGUACGAGAGUAAUUCCCACUGUGUGUGGAUUAUCACUGCUAGUAACCCCAAUAAGGUUAUCCAGGUCAACUUUGAGGAGUUUGACAUGGAGAUCGGCUAUGACUCAUUAACCAUCGGAGACGGAGGGCAAGUUGGAGACUCAAGAACUAUAAUACAAGUCCUGACAGGUAGCUUCGUGCCUGACCUUAUUGUCAGCAUGUCCCAUCAAAUGUGGCUGCACCUUCAGUCUGAUGAGAGCGUGGGAUCAAUCGGCUUCAAGAUCAACUAUAAAGAGAUUGAUAAGGAGAGUUGUGGGGAUCCAGGCACACCUCUGUAUGGCUUCCAGGAGGGCAGUGGGUUUCUGAACGGGAACGUGCUGCGGUUCGAGUGCCAGUUUGGCUUUGAGCUGAUUGGAGAGAGGAUGAUCACCUGUCAGAACAACAACCAAUGGUCUGCUAACAUCCCCAUUUGCAUAUUCCCAUGUUUCUCCAACUUCACGGCGGCCGUGGGCACUGUGCUGUCCCCUGACUACCCAGAGGGCUAUGGGAACAACCUGAACUGUGUGUGGAUCAUCAUCUCUGAACCAGGCAGCCGGAUCCACCUGGCCUUCAACGACUUUGACCUGGAGCCUCCAUACGACUUCCUCACCGUGAAGGACGGAGACCAGACGGGCUCGUCCAUCCUGGGGAGGUACUCGGGAGCCGAGGUGCCGUCUCACUUCACCUCCAACAGUAACAUACUGCAGCUGGAGUUCCAGGCUGACCACUCCAUGUCCGGAAGAGGAUUCAACAUCACCUACAGCACAUUUGGCCACAACGAGUGUCCGGACCCAGGCGUCCCUCUGAACGCCAGACGGUUCGGGGACAGUUUCCAGCUGGGUAGCUCUGUCUCUGUGGUUUGUGAGGAGGGUUUCAUCAAGACCCAGGGCACUGACACUAUCACCUGCCAGCUGGAAGGGGGCAAGGUCAUGUGGAGCGGACCCAUCCCUAAAUGUGAAGCCCCAUGUGGAGGCCACUACUCUGCUCCGUCCGGAGUGAUCCUGUCCCCAGGGUGGCCUGGAUACUAUAAGGACUCCCUCAGCUGUGAGUGGGUCAUCGAGGCGACGCCCGGACGCUCUGUCAAGAUCAGUUUUGACAGGUUCCAGACGGAGCUCAGCUAUGACUUCCUGGAGUUGCAUGAUGGUCCCAACCUGCUCUCGCCUCUGAUUGGCUCGUUCAACGGGACCCAGGUCCCACAGUUCCUGUUCAGCAGUAGUAACUUCAUCUACCUCCUCUUCACCACCGACAACAGCAGAUCCAACAGCGGCUUCAAGAUCUUCUACGAGAUUGUGACGUUGGACACAUCAUCAUGCAUGGACCCUGGGAUCCCGGUGAACGGCGUGCGGUACGGCCAUGACCUGGCCAUCGGGUCCACGGUGUCGUUCCAGUGCGACCAGGGAUACCGGCUCAGUCAUGAGGAACCGCUGGUCUGUGGGAAGAACCACUGGUGGAGUCAUCCUCUGCCCACAUGUGACGCAUCGUGCGGUGGGGACGUGAGAGGACCUGGUGGUAUCAUUCUGUCUCCUGGAUAUCCAGAACUCUACCCCAACUCUCUAAACUGCACCUGGACGGUGGAGGUCGGACAUGGGAAAGGGGUCCAGUUCAUGUUCCAUUCCUUCCACUUGGAAGAUCACCAUGACUACCUCCUGAUCACCGAGAACGGCAGCUUCGUCCUGCCUUUAGCUCGCCUCACCGGCUCCGAGCGCCCGGCGCCCGUCAACGCAGGCCUCUACGGGAACUACAAGGCUCAGCUUCGCUUCAUCUCUGACUUCUCUAUUUCCUUUCAAGGAUUCAACAUAUCUUUCUCAGAGUAUAAUCUGGAGCCGUGUGAGGACCCCGGGACCCCCAGGUUUGGCUGGCACACGGGCAUCAGCUUUGGCAUCGGGGACUCGCUGGUUUUCUCCUGCAAUACCGGCUAUCGCCUAAAGGGGGCGAGGGAGAUCUGGUGCCUGGGAGGUGGUCGCCGCAUGUGGAGUGCCCCUCUGCCAAGGUGUGUGGCGGAGUGCGGCUCAACCGUUUCCAACAGCGAAGGAGUUCUGUUGUCGCCCAACUACCCACUGAACUACGACAACAGCCACGAGUGUGUCUACAGCAUUCAGGUGGAGACGGGAAAGGGCAUCAACGUCUCAGCAAGCACUUUCCAACUGGCACAAGGAGACAUUCUCAAGGUCUAUGAUGGAGGGGACAGUGCUGCUGCUGUUCUGGGUACCUACACCGGCUCCACCAUGUUAGGCCUGGUCCUUACCUCCACCUCCAAUCACCUGUGGCUGGAGUUCUACUCAGACCAGGAGCACACAGCAGGGGGCUUCAGACUCAGCUACUCCAGUUUUGAUCUGUCUCACUGCGAGGAUCCCGGGGUGCCUCAGUUUGGGUUCAAAGUCAGCGACCAGGGGCACUUCGCUGGCAGUGCCAUCACGUACGGCUGUGACCAAGGUUAUUCCCUGCACGGAAGUGGCAUACUCAAGUGCAUGACCCGAGAGAGAAGAGCGUGGGACAACCAGCUGCCCUCAUGCAUAGCGGAGUGUGGCGGUAGGUUCAAAGGUGAGCCUACAGGCCGCAUCCUGUCUCCUGGAUAUCCCUUUCCUUACGACAACAACCUGCGCUGUACCUGGACCAUCACUGUCAACUCUGGCAACAUCGUCAGCCUCCAGUUCCUGGCGUUCGACACAGAGGCAUCUCACGACAUCCUGGAGGUUUGGGACGGACCAGCGGAAAAUGAGAUGUCUCUGAGGGAGGUGUCUGGCUCCCUGCUCCCCGAGGGGAUACACAGCACCCUCAACGUCGUCACCGUUCAGUUCCAGACUGACUUCUACAUCACCAAGUCUGGCUUCGCCAUCGACUUCUCAAGUUCAGUGGCGACAGCCUGCAGAGAUCCAGGCCUGCCUAUGAACGGCAGUCGUCACGGAGAUGGGAGAGAACCAGAUGAUACGGUGACCUUCUCCUGUGAUCCAGGAUAUGAGCUGCAGGGAGAGAGCAAGAUCACCUGCAUCCAAGUGGACAACAGAUACUACUGGCAGCCCAGCCCUCCCAGCUGCAUUGCUCCCUGUGGGGGUAAUGUAACAGGAUCAUCAGGAUUCAUCCUCUCCCCCAACUUCCCCCUCCCCUACCCGCACAGCAAAGACUGUGAUUGGCUGAUCGCUGUCCACUCAGACUACGUCAUAUCACUGGCUUUUAUCAGUUUCAGUAUCGAGCCCAACUACGACUUCCUGUAUAUCUACGACGGACCAGACAGCAACAGUCACCUGAUUGGUAGUUUCCAGGACAGCAAGCUCCCAGAGAAGAUAGAGAGCGUCUCUAACUUUAUGCACCUAGCCUUCCGUAGUGACGGCUCAGUGAGCUACCAAGGCUUCCAUCUGGAGUAUAAAGCUAAACUGCGGGAGGCUUGCUUUGACCCGGGGAACGUUAUGAACGGGACAAGCCUCGGGAACGACUACAAGCUGGGCUCCACGGUGACGUUCAGCUGUGAGGCAGGAUAUCUAUUACAAGGCCACUCCACACUGACCUGUGUGAUGGGAAACAGCAAGAGGCCUGAGUGGGACCGAGCCAGGCCCAGCUGUCAAGCGCCGUGCGGAGGCCGCUCGACAGGGUCAGAGGGGACCGUCCUGUCCCCAAAUUACCCCCGUAAUUAUACCCAGAGUCUGACCUGCGUCUACCACAUCUUUGUCCCCGGGGACUUUGUGCUGUUUGGCCAGUUUGUGGUGUUUCAGACGUUGGUGAGUGACGUUGUAGAAAUCUACGACGGCCCGACUCCAGACUCUCCUGUCCUCUCGUCCAUCUCCGGCUCUCACUCAGGAGAGACUCUACCUUUAAGUUCUGGGAACAAAAUCACCGUCAAGUUCACCACCGCGGGUCCAGAGACAGCCAAGGGAUUCCACUUUGUUUAUCAAGCUGUCCCCAGGACCAGUGCAUCUCAGUGCAGCUCUGUGCCAGAGCCCAGGUUUGGGAAGCGGAUAGGAAACGACUUUGGCAUUGGCACGGUGGUGCUGUUUGAAUGCAAUCCAGGCUACGCUCUGCACGGCGCCACUGCCAUCAGGUGUGAGGCCAUCCCGAACACUGUGGCUCAGUGGAACGGCACUGAGCCCACCUGCGUAGUUCCCUGUGGAGGACUGCUGACAUCUCGUAAGGGGACCAUCCUUUCUCCUGGUUACCCAGAGCCCUACGCCAACUAUCUCAACUGUAUCUGGAAGAUCUCUGUGCCAGAGGGAGCAGGCAUCCAAAUCCAGGUCGUAACUUUUGCCACGGAACACAACUGGGACUCCUUGGAUUUUUUUGACGGCGUCGAUGGCAACGCGCCAAGGCUUGGCAGCUAUUCAGGUACGACCAUCCCCCAGCUCCUGAACAGCACCUCCAACAACAUCUACCUGACCUUCCAGUCCGACAUCAGUGUGUCUGCAGCAGGCUUCCACCUGGAGUAUACAGCAAUAGGUUUGGAUUCAUGCCCAGAACCUCAGCCUCCCCUCAAUGGUGUCAAUGUGGGCCAGCGCUUCACUGUGGGGGACAUGGUUUCCUUUCAGUGUGACCAAGGCUACUCUCUGAAGGGUAAUGAAUACAUAACGUGUAUGCCAGGGCCCGUCAGACGAUGGAAUUACCCCGUACCUCUGUGCUUAGCUCAGUGCGGAGGCUCUAUGACAGACUUCAGUGGUGUGAUCCUGAGUCCAGGCUUCCCAGGGAAUUACCUCAGCAGUCUGGACUGUAGCUGGAGCGUACAGCUCCCCGUAGGCUUCGGCAUUCACCUGCAGUUUCUAAACUUCUCUACUGAAGCGGUGCAUGACUAUCUGGAGGUGCUCAGCGGGAGUUUGGAGACGGGUUCUGUGAUCGACAGGUUCAGUGGGUCCGUUGUGCCCGGCUCUCUGUUCAGCACCACACAUGAAACCAGCUUCUUGUUCCACAGUGACUACUCCCAGAACAAACCUGGCUUCCACAUCAUCUACGAGGCCUAUGAGCUCCAGCGCUGCCCUGACCCGAGGCCGUUCCGUAACGGCGUGGUGAUAGGCCGAGACUUCGGUGUGGGCCUGACCAUCUCGUUUGAAUGCCUGCCAGGUUACACCCUGAUAGGAGAGGUCUCACUCACCUGCCUGCAUGGGGUCAGCAGAAACUGGAACUACCCUGUACCAUGCUGUGAAGCCCAGUGUGGUGGUAAUAUAACGUCUCUGAACGGGACCAUCUAUUCUCCCGACCACCCAGCAGAGUACCCUAACUUCCAGGACUGUGUGUGGAGUGUACGGGUUCCCCCAGGGAAUGGCAUCUGCAUCAACUUCACCGUUCUCAAUACUGAACCCAUCUACGACUACAUCACCGUCUGGGACGGCCCUGACCAAGGAUCUCCUCAGAUUGGUCAGUUCAGUGGGAACACGCCCCAGAAAGAGGUCUAUACCACAGCCAAUCAUGUCCUCAUCAAGUUCCACAGUGAUUUCAGCACUAGCGGGUUCUUUGUACUUAGUUACCAUGCAUACCAACUGAGAGUGUGUCAGUCUCCUCCAGCUGUUGCCAACGCAGAAGUCCUCACAGAACAUGACGAGUUUGAAAUAGGGGACAUUAUCCGGUACCAGUGCCUGCCAGGGUUCACCCUGUUGGGCUCGGAGAUCCUGACGUGCAGGCUGGGGGAGAGGCUCCAGAUGGACGGCCCUCCACCUCUCUGCCAAGUACAAUGUCCUGCUAACGAGGUCCGCUUCGACUCCACGGGGGUGAUCCUGAGUCCCGGCUACCCAGACAGCUACCACAACCUCCAGACGUGUUCCUGGCUCAUCAACGUAGAGAAGGGCUACAACGUCACCCUCCACUUCCAGCUCUUCCAGACAGAGAAGGAGUUUGACAUCCUGGAGAUAUUUGACGGUCCUAACAUCUACAGCCAGAGCCUGGCGUCCCUCAGCGGUGACAUCACCACGCCCUUUAACCUCACGACCUCUGGUCAUCAGCUGCUUCUGCGCUGGUCGUCUGACCACGGCACCAACAGGAAGGGCUUCCACGUCAGAUAUGUGGCGAUGUACUGCAGUACUCCAGACUCCCCCCAGCAUGGUUUUGUAGUGAGCCAGACAGGAGGGCAUCUCAACAGUGUGGUGCGUUGGGGCUGUGACCGGGGCUACCGGCUCAUUGGAAAGGCCACAGCUGUCUGUAAGAAGACGGCCUUUGGGUAUUAUACCUGGGACUCAACGAUACCUGCAUGUCAAGCCGUGGCGUGUGGCGUGCCCACUGCUCCGCUGAAUGGAGGCGUCCAGGCUGUUGAUUACUCCGUGGCAGCACGUUUAACCUACUUCUGCAACAACGGCUUCAGGCUCUCCUCCAAGGAUCUCACCGCCACCGUCUGCCAGCCUGACGGCACAUGGAGCAACCACAACAAAAUACCUCGCUGCCCAGUGGUGGUCUGCCCCAGUCUGGGCUCCUUCUCUCUGGACCACGGGAAGUGGACCAUCGUCAACGGGUCCAGCUAUGAGUUCAGAACCAAGGUGGUCUUCAGCUGUAACCCGGGUUACUACCGGAUCGGUCCCGCUCACAUCCAGUGCCUGGCCAAUGGGGCGUGGAGCUGGCGGAACGAACGACCUCGAUGCAGAAUCAUUUCCUGUGGAGAGCUGCCCACUCCUCCUAAUGGGAGAAAGAUUGGAACUCAGACUACCUUUGGAGCUUCCGCCAUCUUCAGCUGCAUCCCUGGAUACAUCCUGGUGGGCUCCACCGUGAGGGAGUGCAUGCUGUCAGGACUGUGGAGCGGCACAGAGACUCAAUGCCUAGCUGGUCACUGCGGUAUCCCGGAGCAGAUUGUGAACGGUCAAGCGAUAGGGGAGAACUUCGGAUACAGAGACACCGUGGUCUACCAGUGUAACCCUGGCUUCAGACUCAUAGGAUCCUCGGUCCGCAUCUGCCAGCAAGAUCACCUCUGGUCUGGACAGCUGCCGCUGUGUGUCUCAAUCACAUGUGGCCAUCCAGGCAGUCCCAUCUAUGGGAGAACUACAGGGGACGGAUUCAACUACAACGAUGUGGUCAGCUUCUUCUGUAACCAAGGUUACGUACUGGAGGGAGUGUCCAGAGCCCAGUGCCAGGCGAGUCGCCAGUGGAGUCAACAGCCACCUACGUGUAGAGUGGUGAACUGCACAGACCCUGGCAUCCCGGCUAACUCCAUCAGGGAGAGUAAGAUAGAGCACGGUAACUUCACCCUGGGCAGUGUGGUGUUCUACACCUGUAACCCUGGAUACUACCUGUUCGGUUCCUCUGCACUGACCUGUCAACCUAUUGGCCACUGGGACAAACCUCUACCUGAAUGUCUUGAGGAGGACUGUGGGAACCCUGGCUCUCCUCCCUACGGUACCAUGGUUGGGGACAAGUUCUCGUUUGGCUCCACGGUGCAGUACUCCUGUUCAGGGGACAGAGAGCUGAUUGGAGAGUCAUCACUCACCUGUCAAAUCAAUGGACACUGGAGUGGACCCAUACCUCACUGUUCAGGAGACUCUGUAGGCAGCUGUGGGGACCCUGGUACACCCGUCCAUGCAAGCAGAGAGGCCAGCAACUUCUAUCUGCGUAGUAAAGUCCGCUUCACCUGCGCUGUGGGCCACACGCUGUACGGCUCAGCUGAGAGGAUCUGCUUUCCCAAUGGGACCUGGUCUGGGAGACAGCCCUUCUGCAAACCGGUGUACUGUGGUAACCCGGGGACACCUGCUCACGGCCGUAUUUUCCGGGUCGACGGUACGACCUUCACCCACUCUGUAGUCUACUCCUGUAUGGAUGGAUACCUCCUCUCAGGCACGCCCACCAGACACUGUCUGGCCAACGGCACCUGGUCUGGCACCGCUUCUAACUGCACCAUGAUCAGCUGUGUUGACCCAGGUGUUCCUGCUAAUGGUCUGAGGUUUGGAGAGGACUUCACUGUGGGCCACAACGUCACCUUCAUGUGCCAGCCUGGCUACCUGAUAGAGGCAGGCGGGGCCACAACGCGCACCUGUACCCACAAUGGCACCUGGAGCGCCACCACGCCCAUCUGCAAAGUGGUGACCUGCCCUCCGCCUCCUCCCAUCCACAACGGGCUCCUGGAGGGCUCCGUGUUUGAGUGGGGUACCAGCGUGAGCUACAGCUGCCUGCCCGGGUACGAGCUCUCCUUCCCGGCUAUCCUCACCUGUGUGGGCCUGGGCUCCUGGAGAGGAGAUCUGCCUCAGUGUCUUCCCAAGUUCUGUGGAGACCCUGGUACCCCAGCCAAGGGGAAAAGAGAAGGACGAAGUUUAAUCUACAAGUCAGAGGUUACCUUCAGCUGUAGCGCCCCCUAUGUCCUGGUGGGGUCAACUACACGCAUCUGUCAGGACGACAGCACCUGGAGCGGCUCUCAGCCACGAUGCAUAGAACCAUCCAGGACGACCUGUGAGAACCCAGGAACACCUGAAUACGGCUCCAUGAACAUCAGCCUGGGGUUCAAGGUGGGCAGUAAGGUGGAGUUCCAGUGCCAGCAGGGCCACCUACUCCAGGGUUCCACCACCCGACUCUGCCUGUCUGACCUCACCUGGAGCGGCUCUCAGCCAACAUGCAUCCCCCAUUCGUGUAAGCAGCCCAAGUCCCCUCCCAAUGCAGACGUGGUUGGAAUGGAGCUGGCUCCGUAUGGCUACACCCUGCUCUACUCCUGCCAGCCUGGCUUCAUCCUGUCUGGGGGGUCAGAACACAGGGUCUGCAGGUCUGAUGGAAGCUGGACCGGUAAGGUCCCCAUCUGCAGAGUGGGCUCCAAACAGACGGAGAAACCUACCACAACCUUACAGGGAACGCCAAGCCCCAACAUACACGUCCCUGAUGACGUCUUCGCCCCUGAUUUCAUCUGGAGAGGCUCCUAUGAUUAUAAGAGUCAGAAACAACCGAUGACUUUGACAGUCACUCAUUUUAAUAGCAGCACGGGAAUAGUGAACGCGACGCUAAACGACAGCAACGCGGAAUUCCUGCUCUCUGGAGUGUAUAAGAACCGCGAGGCCAGGUUAAUGCUCCUGCUGUACCACAUGAAAGCCCUGGCCCACAGCACGUAUAGCCGGGUUACCGAGGAGACCUGGGCUAUGGAUGGUUUUGUCUCAGCUGAACCUGACGGGGGCAGUUAUGUAUUCCAAGGCUUCAUCCAGGGGAAAGACUAUGGACAGUUCGGGCUGCAGAGACUAGGUAUGAAGGUGAGAGAGAUCAACAUCACAACUGCAGGUCCUCCUCAUGUCUCCAACAGCAGCUCUAUGGUCAUAGCCAUCCUGGUACCUUUCUUUGGCCUCGUGUUGGCAGGCCUGGGAUUCUAUCUCUACAAACAACGGAAAACAGAUCAGACCCAGUACACCGGCUGUUCAGUCCACGAGAACAACAACGGCCAGGCGACGUAUGAGAACCCCAUGUACGACACCAACACCAAGUCUGCGGAGGGGAAAGUGGUUCGCUUCGACCCCAACCUCAACACCGUAUGCACUGUGGUUUGAAGAUGUGUGUGUGUGUGCCAAACGCACCGGGGUUUGACAGGAAAGCUUGUUCAGAAAUGCAGCACUGGGUUUGAUGCAACACUGCACCGUGGUUUAAUGAUGCUGUCUGACGAACGGAAUUCCCCGAGAGUUCUUUUGGUUUAAAAAAAAAAAAAUGGGAUAUCUUGUCUUUUAUAAUAUCUCUCUGCAACGAGUUUCUGAAGACGGCACAGCACCGCCUCGGGAAACAGGAAGGCAAAGCACACCUUCAGGAACAAGAGUUGUGCGUGUUGUGGAUGAUGGACGGGGUGAGUCAGCAAGCAGAAUGAGACGGUCCUCUUUUUAAAAUGCAUCUUCACCUGAUUGGGUGAAGUUAUUCCUACCUGCGCUCUGAGAGUGAUGCUAUGUGAAUAAUGCCGUUCCCGACAUGUUGGUACACAAGAGUCGUUUGCGCUCCAGUCAACGCAAACAAUGGAGCGUCGUUAAGGCAACAGUCAACGCAAACAAUGGAGCGUCGUUAAGGCAACCAAAUGGAACCCUAGUCUUUUCCGGAUGGAAGUUAUCAGAGCUGGGUUCAAAUACUAUUCAAAUUCCUUUAGCCUUCGCUCUAGUCUGCCCCAGAGUGGUGGAGGGGGUUUGUCCUUUUGCGAUUAUUCUAUUUGGUUCAAUUGCGACAAGUAAAGCUCAAUAAAGCCCAAAUACUGUAAAAUAUUUUAAAUGAUAUCGAUCGAUUGAUUUGAUGUUACAGGACAUAUUUAAAAUACAUAUAGAGUUGACUCAUUCGUCUGAUCACAACAAUACAAUACAAAUGUAUCAAAUCUUACUUGAACC